GCGUUGGCCCGUCGGCGUAUACAGCACACGGAACAGAGCGUCCCGUCGACUCCGCGCGCGCCAGUCGUCCCGCCGACUCGUCGCGUCAGUCGUCCCGCGGCCGCUAAUACUACACAGCCGGCGACCGACCGGAGCGAUCGCGGGCGCUCGUGUGUGCUUGUGCGUGCGUCCCGUCGUACGUCCGUAAUAAUAAUUACAUAGUAUUUCGUACACGCGCGCGUGCGACGACACGCCGCUGCAGAUAAUAAUAAUAAUAAUAAUAAUAAUAAUAAUAUAAUUAUUACAAUAUUAUUUCGUCACGUACCGCACACGCCUAAUACGAUAUGAUACGAUCAUCAUCACGCGAAAAUUAAUAAUAUCGUAUAUUAUUAUUAUUAUUAAUUAUACGCUCGCGGACACGCUACCGGUGCUAUAAUAUCAUACUGUCGUAUAUGCGGCGCGGUCCGUACCCAUAACCGGCAUCAUCAUCAUCAUCAUCAUGUCGCUGGUAACCGCGCCGGAGAGCCUCGUCGGUCCGGCGAACGGAGGUGAUAUUAUCGUCGCCCGGUAACCACCGCCUCCGCCUCCGAUCACCGCACUGGCCCACGCGGUGAUGGCGUAACCGCGCCGCCGCUGCACCGGACUAUGACUGCACACCGACUUGCAAUAGGUGCUCAUCAUGGGACCUGUACAACGAUAUUGGUGACUCUUCACAUGUUAUAUCAACAAAUACCAUAUCAUACCACACGAACAUUAAAAAUUAUUUUUAAUAUAAUUUUUGGGAUAACGAAAACUGGAAGAUAAUCAAAUAGUGUACUUAUACAAGCUUAAGGCGAUUUGAAUACAUUAUUGUAUAAAUCAAAAAAUAUACAUGUGUUUUAAAAUAUAUAUUAUGUAUAUUACAUCAAGGUUUUCACGGAAUGAUGUAGAUAUCCUAAUCGGGUGAUGCUGAGUGAUGAACGGCGAUCAAGAGUUGGUGACCGUAUUGGCAGUCUGUGGCGUGGCCGCCCUAGCCACGUUCAUAAACGGAUACGUCUUAUUAGUCAUCCUACUUAGCAAACGGACGAGUUCACCGAUCAACGUGUUGCUUACGCACUUGAGCGCUGUGGAUUUGAUUAUUUGCAUUGCUGUACUGCUGUCCAUUUUACCGGAGACAUUCAAUCAGUACGAAAAGGUCGCCCCGUGGCUGUGUCCUGUCCACGGAUUUCUGUUUAAUUUCCUACAUCCAAUGGCCAUUUGGACAGUGUGUGGUCUCAACUGUGACAGAUAUUAUGCUAUUGCGGCGCCAUUGCAUUACGGGACACUAGUAAACAGCCGCAAAAUCAUGUUGGGCCUCUGCGGCACGUGGAUUGUAUGUUUGUUGAUCUCAUUGCCACCGGUUUUCCGGUUAGUUCCUUACACUUAUCAACCGGGCCUGCCUGUUUGUACGACGGAUUUCGGCAAAGGUCGAGCAACUAUUUUUUAUAGCAUUUUCUAUACGACUAUUACUCUAGUACUGCCUGGUGUCAUCAUACUUGGAUGCAACAUAAAAGUGUUCACGAUCGCCCGGUACCAUAGGCACCGCAUAGCGUCGGCGAUCUUCGAAGUGACGCUGUCGGCACAGGUGACCAUCACGCACCAGCGGAACCCGUUCUUUUUGCCCACAGCGAUGGCAAACAAGCUGCGCCGGAGCAACGCGUUCUCCGCCGUGUUCCAGAUCGUCGGCUCGCUGGCCGUGUUCUACCUGCCGUACUACGGCGUGUGCCUGUACGAGUCGCUGUGCGCGGCCGUGGGCGCGGCGCCGCGCACCGACCCGGCCAUCAAGUCGCUGUCGUUCGCUCUCAUCACCGGUUCGGCGCUGUGCAACGGGCUGCUAUACGGCAUCAAGAACAAGCUGUUGAAGAAAACGUACCAGAACUACCGGCGCAAGAUGAUGACAAAGUGCGAGGUGAACCAGGAGAUCCAGGCCCGGACGCCGUCGGCCUGCGGGUCGCGAAGACCGUCACUGACGCCGGUGGCCGCGGCGGCCGGCCACGGCAAGACGCCGGCGACUCCGGCGGCCGCGCCGCUGCUGCUGCUCUGCAGCCGCCGGUCGUCGCUGAUGAGCCUGUCCGAGACGGGCGAACCACCGGCGACGAUGGCAGCCAGACGUCUGCCCGGCGCAACGUGUUCGGCUAACGCUCUGGACUUUGGUAACUUUUACGCAGACGUCCAUUUCAACGGUGGCGUCGGUGGCGGUGUUGGCGUUGGUGGCGGCUCGUCCAUCAGGCGGUGCUACUCGUCGACCACCAACGACGACGGGUCCGACCGGGGUGGCCGGUGCGCGGUAGCCAACCGCAGCGCGUUCGUCCGGCGCAUACUGCGCGACUCGCGGCGUUCGCCCAGGAUAUUGAUCACGAGGGCCAUGUCCGAAGAGAGCGAACCGUACUCGUCGGAACACAGCGGCGGGGCAGUGGCCAUCUGCGGCCUGAAGGACCGCUGCAGGGUCGGCGCCCACAAGCUGUCGUCGUCCGCCGUCACACUGUUCAUCGACGACUGCAGGCCCAACAGCGGACGCGUCCACUGUCCGACGGACGUCGAGUUCGACUUCGACGACGAUUGCGGCGGCGGUGGCGGCGGCGGCGGUGGCGGCGGCGACGAUGACGACGAAGAUACGUCGCUGGCCUACUACAGUAGCCCGUCGUCCAGCAACGACGGGAGCGGUUGCGCGGCCAACGGCGGCCUCACGCGGCUGACCAGGCUGUCCACGUGAGUCCGCUGGUUGCGGCGCGCGGCGUUUCCCCCACCUGCACCGGUGAGGUGGUUCUCUUCUCAUCGUCCCUCUCCUCGCACGCACGAAAAUUACAUAUUUUUAACUGAAACCGAAUUGUAUUGGUUUCCUAUUAUUAAUUAUUAUUAUCUCGUACGAUUCUCUCGGAGUCGAAACUGCGCGCGCAACGAUAUACAACCACCGACGCCGAUCCGUCGAGUUAACUCCAAUAUGAUCGCCGAGGACGAUAUUAUUAUAAUAUCAGACCAUAUUGAAACAAGACAAACAUUGUAAUGUUAAUCGUGUAUGGAAAAUAAUAUAACGCGUAGGAUAGUCGAACGAAAACAAUGUAGAUGAUAAUAUUACUCCUAUAUAUAUCUAUACGUGUAUUACCUAUACCUAUAACAUAUUAUAAUCGUUAAAAAUUAUUAUGUUAAUCGGAUACUCUGAACAGGACAAACAGUUGUUUUAUUUUGUUUAUCGCUUUAAGCUUGAUAUCAUGUUAUAAGAUAAUUUUUUUGUUUUUUUAUUAAAUUUAUUUAAAAUGAUUUUAUAUACGUUUUUAAAAAAUGCUCUAUUAAAAUAACGAGUUUUAGGAUGAAAAUUAAAACGCAUUAAAUACUAAUAUUGUACUUUUGGUAAUCUAAAAAGUGUCAAUAUAAAUAUUUGAAAAUUA